CGAGGGCGUGCAGGGCGUGCAGCAGCGAGGAAGCUAGGCGAACGACACGAAUCUGACAGAGCCAGCAAACCGGCUAACCCGCGAACCACCAAGAACCACACGAACAACGAGACUCGGUUCUUGAGUACGCUUGGAUCGAUUAAUUUUAUUCGUUUGCGAGCCAGGAAGAGAGGACAGUUGGUGAUUCUCAGUGGCUUCGUCUGCACUCGGAGCGAUGCAAACCUGAAGGCGUUCCCGUGCUUGACGGUGAGCGGGCACAAUCCCCACAACGAUGGCAGGAGUUCCUCAGCGCCCGGACGAAGUAACCGAAUUCCGUAUCGUCCACGCCGAUACUUUCGUAAUGUUGUGCAGAAUGCACCUCUCUUUCGUGCUCGACAUGCCGUACAAGUUAUCGAAAGAGCCGGAAAAUACGUGCGGCGAGGUGCCUUUGACCUUCGUGGUGGCCAGGUCAAUCCGGCUCAUCAUGCAUCAUUUAAGCUUGGAGGACAAUGUCGGGACCGAAGGCUUGUUUAGAAAGUCUGGAAGUGUCUGUCGGCAGCAGAUUCUGAAAUCCCUGCUGAUGAGGGGGACGCCCCUAGACUUCAAAAAAGAAGGGUACUCUGUCCACGAUUGCGCCUGCGUUCUGAAGAGCCUGCUUGCUGAUCUCUCCGAGCCACUUCUCACAAGCGAAACAUUCACUGCCUACUGCAAGAUCCCAGGACUGUGUCGACCAAGGGCACUGCCAUCUGUGCGGAUAGAGUGCUUGAAAAGGCAGUUGAAAGCAGCACAGCUACUGCUGUUGUUGCUCCCACCCCUCAACUACAGCCUAGCAUCGGAACUUCUGGUAUUUUUACACCAAGUGUCAAGCGCACGCGAAUUGAACCGCAUGACUUCCGAGAGCCUGGCUCUGCUGUUCACUCCUGUGAUCCUCUGCCCUCGCGAGAUGAGUCCUGAAGAAAUACAGGAAAAAUCUGCUGAGUUGACUAAGCCUUUGACCUUUUUGAUUGAGAAUGCACAUGCCCUGCUCAACUAUCCGUCUGAGCUUGUGAAAGACGUGAUAAAUUGCAUCAAGUCACGUCAGGAGGUGCCUAAAAGCAACUCAGAGGAUGGUGACAUUGAGCCUGUCUGCACGACUCUGACCUUCUGUGUUCAGCAGAAGCCGAAAGAGGAGGCGAUAAAGGCCUAUACAGAGCGGGCCCUAGCUGAACUCUUUGACUAUGUAAAUGAAAUGCCGGAGACGAAGCAGAAAAAAAGAUUUGUCAAGCAGAUUUUCAAAGAGAAUGCUGGUGGCACCCCCGUCUCCAAGGUCAGAAGAAAGCACGGACGCAGCAAGUCUGCUGGAGUAACGCCAUAUGUGAGUGGCAGCGUACGGUUUGCCAAAUCUGCAGAUGUUACGCGCAGGCCCAGCAUGGAUGCAAUCCAGAGUCCGGAUAAGAAGCCGGCUAAGGAUGCUACAGGCAAGAGGUACAUCUUCCCAGCUGCAUGGCGGUUUCUGAAAAAGAAGCAUGGGGAGUGCAGCAGCCUUCCAGGCACGCCAACUAAGGCGGGCGAGAAGAGUGCUCCGCUUGGCAAGAGCAUAUUGAGAGCAUCCAGGAGGGUCAAGGAUGCCAUGUUAACUCCAAAGAGGUCCAUAAAGUCUCCAAACUAGGACAUCACUGCCAGCAGUGCAAGCCAGGACUUCGUCUGACGGGAAGAGGAGACUGCAUUAUUCCUUAGGAGUAAGGCUAGGUCUAGGGAGGACCCGCAAUGUACAGGUGUCUUGCCGUCUAAUAAAAAGCCAAAAAGUGUA